CCGGGCGAAAGCAAAGGAACGCAAUCGCCCCCGCUCGGCUACCGACGAAAACAGAUUUUGCACGUUUUCCCAGGGAUUAAUGUAUAAGCUAAACAAGCUAUAGUUUAGGACCCCACUCUCUUGAGGGCCCCCCGAAAAAAUUAAAGGGGAAAAAACACCUGGAUGUACAGUUCCAAAAUGUAAGAUAAAAAACUAAUAAAAUAAAACCUAAAAUUAUUAUUUCAUGUUAUAACAAGUUUCUAGAGACUAGAUUAUGAGUCUUUGUAAAUUGUGUUUCUAAAGAGUUAACUUUUGUUAUUGCUAAAUGCCAAUGUGUUUGCAUUAUUAAGUUUAUGAAUUUUAAUUUACAGCUUAAUUAUUUCACUAUUAAUAUACUACUUGUUAAUUGUAUUUCAUUAUUAAUAUACUUCUUCUUAACUGUAUUUCAGUUCAACAAUUACUUUGUUAAAAUGCAUAUUUUGUUAUCUGUGGGUUAAACAACAGAGCCUAGGACUUGCCGAUCAGGUCAGCAGUUCGAAUCCCCGCAGCGGGGUGAGCUCCCGUUGCUCGGUCCCAGCUCCUGCCAACCUAGCAGUUCGAAAGCGCAAAGUGCAUGUAGAUAAAUAGGUACCGCUCCGGCGGAUAGGUAAACUGCGUUUCCAUGUGCUGCUCUGGUUCGCCAGAAGCGGCUGAAUCAUGCUGGCCACAUGACCUGGAAGCUGUACGCCGGCUCCCUCGGCCAAUAAAGCGAGAUGAGCUCCGCAACCCCAGAGCCGGCCACGACUGGACCUAAUGGUCAGGGGUCCCUUUACCUUUACCUUUAUUUGCUAUUAGAUCCAUAAAUUACCAUAUAGCGUAUAUUCAACACAAAAAACAGUGACAAUUUGUUGUUGACAAAGGUCAGCUGGGCAUAUAAAGGGCCCCGUUACCUUCAGUAGCUUAGGGCCUCAUCAAACCUAAAUCUGGACCUGCGUUUUCCCGAUGUUUUUAGCCGAUUUUAAUGUGUGUGUUUUUAAUGUUUUUCUUCCACCGCCCAUCAAAUGCCCCGUUUCUUAUCUUUUGAAUUAUUCAAAGUUUAUUCAUAUUGUUAACUAUUGCCAUUUAAUGGGGUGCGACGCCUGAGUUCUGGAGCUCAGCCAACAUGGCACAGGGUCUUCCAACGAAGCCUAUAGCUGCUUUGUUUCGUUUUUAUUGCGGAAGGAGCAAUAAGAUGUUUUCUAAAGCACGGUCACUCACGACGGAACGGCUGUUGGGAUCCGGAAGUAUAGCUCGGAAAGCCUUUAGAAGCUUGGGUACCCUAUAGGCUCGACUGCAGGCCGCCGCAAACUUGGAGGCGGAACUCUUGUUUCUGGGAGGCUGUUUCCUUUUCUCCCCCCCUUUCUCUCCCUACGAGAGCGGAACUCAUUGAUGAGCGGACCGAGGGUGCAACGGGUGAAUGGUUCCCCCAUAGGUUUUUUUUUAUGUUUGGCAAGCGAAAAGAGGCAGGUGAGCUGGAAAAUAACCUCGGCUUCUUAGGAAUGGAGGGGUGGGGGGUUCUUUAAGCUAUUUGGGCGCAGUGAGUUGCUUUUAGCAAAAUCUGAGAGAGGAGGGAGGUAGGGCGCAACGCUAUGCUCAUAUUUACUCGAAAGCAAGUCGAGGCUUGCUCUUAGGUAAAUGUGGUUUUCACCUUAGAAUUUAAGCGUUAGAAUAGUAUGGCUUGUGUUAUCAGAUAGUGAUGACGGCCUAAGUAGCGGAAACUCUAGUGGCGGUGGAAGUGGAAAGAGGAGACGGGAGUGGUAUUCCUCAGUGCAGGAAAAAUACAGUGCAGGAAGAAGGGAAGGGCCACAGCUCAGUGGUAGAGCAGCUGCUUUGGAUGCAGAACGCCCCCGUCUCGGUCCUCAAUGGGAUUUCCAGGCAGGGCUGAGAAUACCCCUUGCCAUUUAGCAUAGACAGUACAGUGGUACCUCGGGUUAAGAACUUAAUUCGUUCUGGAGGUGUGUUCUUAACCUGAAACUGUUCUUAACCUGAAGCACCAAUUUAGCUAAUGGGGCCUCCUGCUGCUGCUGCUGUGCCGCCACUACACGAUUUCUGUUCUCAUCCUGAAGCAAGGUUCUUAACCCGAGGUAAUUUUUCUGGGUUAGCGGAGUCUGUAACCUGAAGCCUAUGUAACCUGAAGCAUAUGUAACCCGAGGUACCACUGUACUGAGCUAAAUACACCAAUAGUUUCAGUAUAAGGCAAUUCAUACUUCAGUGGCCCAGAUUUAGUUCUUCGGUUUCUAGUAAUCAGACUUUUCUCACAAGGAAAUGAUUUCAUACAUGGGACCAUGCUCGUUGUUGUUCUUUUCUGAAUGGUCCUCAGCAUCUCUGUGUCCUCCCUUUUGAAUUACUGCUGUGCUAUUUUAAUGAGUGUUCCCUCAAUUCCCUCAAUCCAGCCUGCUGUGGCAGUGUUUCUGCUGAUGGUUUUUCUCUUCAAAUACAGGCUUCACCAACAUGAGCACCAGCACAACUGCACUGUCUGAAAAGGACAAGUCUGUUGCUCAGAAGUUACUGAAUUUUGGAGCAUGCCCGCGUUGUAUCUUCAGGUUUUGCCGGAUAGGAUCUCAGGAUUUGUACAGGCGACCCUAUAAGGUUUGAUUAAAUUGAAGUACAUUAUGAUAAUGAUGGGGUGGUUUUAAUUCAUUUUCAGAUCUCUCUGAUCCAGGUCUUCCUUUCAAAGCAAGAGGCAUAUUCUUGGGGAAUGAAAGGAGGCUGGGGCAUUUGGAGUGGGGAGACAAAAAUUGCAGAACCCCAAAAUGAGGAACAACAAACAGCUGUCGACCUAUUUAAAAUCCAUUGUUGUCUCCUUUCCCUCCAUCAUAUACUUUCUCCAGUUCCCCUGUGUCUUCCACCUACCCAGAAGUCCAGUCCACAUUCUUCCCCAUUAUCUGUCUAAGAAGUAUAGGAAAGACCUGCAGCUCUGAGGAAGGACUAUGACACAGUGGUAGACCAUCUGCCUUGCACACAGUAGGUCCAAGGUUCAGUCCCCAGCAUCUCCAGUUAGGACUGGGAAUGCCCCCUGUCUGAAACCCUGGAAAGCCACUGCCACUCCGCAUAGACACUACUGAGCUAGAUAGACCAUUGACUUGACUAAUUAUAAGGCAGUUUCCUAUGUUCCUAAGAACAAGUGCACUUCCUCUUCUCACUUCUGGUGUCACUUUUAUGAUACUCUCCUGUGCACAUUUACUCCUCCUCUUCUUCCUCACCAAACCUGUAUUAGGUGUUUCAAGUGUAGGCCAUCAUAUAAUAUCCAUAUAUAAAAUUUUAAGCACAUUUACUCAAAACACGUAUGAUACCAAUGUACAUAGGAUAUGAAUCCUAUAAACAUUUACUCAAAACUAAGUCCCACAAGGUUCGUGAGUCUAACCCCUACCUAAAUAUGCACAGGACUACAAUAUCAAAGACCUUUUUAAUUGCUUAGCAGAUCCACAUUAAUUUGCAAGGCAACAGAUUAUUUGACAUUAUUCUCUGUUGAAAGACUGUUGCGCAUUUACAGGAGCUGUUGAUUUCAGGACACCUGGCUGUUGGGCUCACAGUACAUUCUGAAGCCACCCCUGGCACCCUUCUACCUACCAAGUUUUACUCUGCUUCCUUUAUCGAUCAGGAGUUGCUUAGCAAACUGCAUGAGUUUCUGGAGAACACUACAGAGGAGAACAAAUUACCUUGUGAAACAGCAAAUCCUCCCUAUAAGCGAAUCAAACUGGAUAGUGUCAAAGAAGGGGAGGAACAGACCUCAAAUGGAAGCCACCAGGUACCUAAUGCGGAGAAUGAUAGAACUGCUGGUGGUGAUGAGAACUUAAGGCCAGCUGUGUGUAGCAUCUGCCUGGGAAUUCUGCAAGAGCUCUGUGAGAUGGAUUUUGUCAAAGCGGUAAGUGUCGGCUGGUUGGUAGUUUUACUGUUGAAAAAAACUGCAGCAUUUCCCAUGGAUGUACACAUAUACAGCAUGCAUGUAGUGGGUGGCAUUCAGCUAAGUCUUAUUCAGAGUUGACCCAUUGAAAUAGAUGAACCUAACUUAAUCAUGUUCAUUAAUUUCGAUGGGUCUACUGCGAUUAAAACUUAGUUGUAUAUCUCUAAGGGUUUUACUGAACUUUCCUUGCUGAAAUCUCAUUUAGGCUGCAAUUGUACACAUGCUUACUUGGGAGCUAGCCCCAACGAACACAGUGGAACUUAACUUCCAAGUAAGCAUGCAGGCAGUGGGACUGUUAGUGAGCUGUCCUGACUACACAGAAGAAUUCCUUUGGUAGAAGCAAGCACAUCUACAUAGGGAAGCUUGUCCUUGAUGAGAAUGUAAAACAAUUUUAUUCAAACAUGUUUGCAAGCCUUCUUGUACAAGGUGCAAUUGCUUUGAGAACUUUUUUAAUUGCAUAGCGGGGGGUGUGUGUGUGUGUGUGUGUGUAUUUAUAUUUAAAUAACAAUAAUAAACAUAGUUCAUUGUUUUUCAGGUGUGCCACAAGAUUAAUUCUUCUGAAUACCAGUUUACCAGCUUUGUGUUUUCAGUCUCUUUCCCCCCACAGUUAUCUGUAAGGGAGGUGAGUAUUUGCUUGUGCUUUUGUUUGUGCUCUGAGUAUGGCCUUCGUUGAGAAGGAAAGGGGGCAGGGGUGGUUAAAAAACUUACUUGUUUUCGCCUGUUAGGAAAUACACCAUGUGUGGCAUCCAGCAAUACAUGGCCAGUAGCAAUUGGGCGAGGGGUGAGUGAGAGGGAGGGCAAAUUGGGCUAGGCUGAUCUGAAGCUUGGCUUUUUGAAUUGGUGUGGGAGACUUGGCCACGUCUGAUGUUGUGUAUCCUGUGUGGCUUUGAUUCCUGUGAAUGUAGCCGAUUCUUGGUCUGGGUUUUUUCAGCUAGUUAGCUGAGAAGGUUAUGAAGCCAUUUAAUUUACCACUUCUCUCUCUCUCUCUCUCUCUCUCUCUCUCUCUCUCUCUGCCCCCCCCCCUUUCUCUUUCAUUUUUCUGUUUUUUUCUCGGUCCAUGCCUGAAGCAUGCAGCAUGGUUGCUAGUAAAAGAGGAAAUGGAGUGAGUACUUCCUGGUGGGGUUUUUUCCAUCCUGCCUUGUGUGCUAGGUUUUCAAAUGUCAUUGGCACUGUAUUGUUCUCUUUUGGUGUGUGCUUGGCGGACGUGUGAGGGGAAUCGUAUUGAGAGGGUGUAAUGUGCAAUAUCUCACCCUCUUCCCUUGGUAGUUAACUCCUCUGAUUGCCCAACUCAGUUUAUCGUCUUAAUACUAAAGCCCCUUAGCAGCACUGAUCCAUUGUUGUUCCUGCACUGAGCUGGAAGGAGAAGCAUCACGGUUGUUUCACAUAGUGCUAAAUUCCCCCACAACAAUCCCACAAAAGCGCAUCUUUGCAGGCAAGGUCCUAACAUAAUAUUUAAUGAAAAGCAAGUCCCAUUCAGUAGAGGCCUUGCUUCUCACACCAGCUGAUACUUUAAUUAGGCGUUUCAUCCUUGCCCCUUUCUUUUUAAACUUCUAAUCAGUUGUGGGUUUUUUGCUCCAGUCACAGCAUUACUGAACUGCCCUUUUUAAUUAGUCAUUUCCUCUUUCUUGCUGGCAGGUCCUUCCAUUAGCAAAUGUUACAACAUGUAUUCUAGUUGCUGUUAGUACUUUGGGUUAUAAAAUUCUUGAGAGUAGAGGUACAAUUUCAAAACUAUCGAUUGAAAUGAGUAUUUUGAAACUAAACAGAAUUGAUUAUAUUCUCUCCCCCCCCCCACUCCUCCCGCUUGAUUUAAGAUGCUGAGUCUUACUUUUAAAAAUCAUUUAGGAAACAGGAUUUUUUAGCAGAAAAAGAAGACCUUGUUCAGCUAAAGGAAGCAUACAAAUGGAUUAUUCACCCCCUGUUCCUGGAGCAAUUGGGGGUCCCUGCUGAUGGAAAGGUAUUGUAUAACUAUAUAACUUCAACAGUGUUUUAUUGUCAUGGGCCUUCUGUGCCUGGUCUGCGCCACUUCAGAAUGGUGCAUGGGUGGUUGAAUCCUCCUCUAAAUUAAAAAAAAAGAAGUUUAAUUAUCCCUGCACAUGGAAAAUUUCAGAGCGAGGGAAGAACCUUUCCUCCUGACAAGCUCGUUUUCUUUGUGCAGAGCUAAAGCGAGGGAGAGAGUUUCAGGCAGGUACCCAAACAGAGUUCAAGGCUACAGAAGGGAAUGGGAGAAUGUUACAUUUCCACUACCGAAUUAAACAAUAACUUUCCACUGUCUUUUAAAUUGCGACUCAGAGCCUGUUUGAAGUCAGUGUGGUCUUCGCUCAUCCAGAAACAGACGAGGACUGCCAUUUCCUGUAAGUUGGGAUGUGAUGAAUAAUGGCGUUGUACAUUCACAGGGACAUCUUUGGGAGGAGAAAAGGCUAAGGAGUAACUCCUGCACAAAUCCAGAGUGGAUUCCCUAAGACGGUUGGAUGGUGCCUUGUACGCCUCCUUUCGGCAACUCCUGCAGCCAGGCUGGUGCCAAAUGUAUGGCUCUGCUUUCCUCUGGACCACAUCAGCCAAGCCAAGGGGGUUGGGUCUUGUCGUCUGGGUAGCCCAGGACCUCCAUACACACUGUCAGGCAUCCACCCAGAGUAGGCAGCACCUUCGAUUAACAUUAGACACAAUAUCCAGAGUGGGGUAUCUGUACCCAAGAAGCAGCCAAUGUUUUGAUGUCAGGAAGGAGAGGAAAGAUCUUCUUGGUGGAUGCUCUCUGACUUAGACACCAGGUGCAUAGGCCUUUGCAACCUUGUCCUCACUGAAUCUGUUCUGACACCAUGUCUAAAAAAAGUUUUCAAACAAUUAAAUGCUGUUUGUUUUUCCAUUUAGAGCCUCAGCAUGUCCAAGUUGCUUCAAACAAGAAAAGAACAAGCAGGUAAGCAAUUUCUGGGAAAUUAUUCUCUUUCCCAUUUUUUUGCAAGAUCAGAAUUUAGUAGGGUCACAAGCCAUCACAAACUUGUUACUGUUCUUCCUUCCUCCCUCCUUAUACUGUGUAGUAAAGUUACUCUUCAUUUUUUCUGUUCUUGUGGGAUUUACGUCCUGGAUUUGGAUUACAUCCUUACUGUGUGUGAGUUCUAAAACUUAUUCCCCAGCCAAGAUUGGUUUCCAAAGCACCUUACAGUUAGAAUCCAAAAAAAUUACAACAAAAUGUAUUAACAUCUUUCUGUAACAAAGCUUCCCAAGGUGAUGUGCAAGAUUCUGAUUAACAGUGCAAUCCAAUAUAUGUUCAGAAGUAAGUCCUGCGGGAUUCAGUGGGACAUUGUGGCAGCUAAGUGUUGCAACCCAAAAUAACAAUUAAGUAUUAAUUAAAAUAACAGUAUCAGAGAAACAGUUUCUGAGAAACGACAUUUCAUUGACUCAGCUGAAGUGAAUUAAACAGAGGAAUUGUUUUCGAAAUACCUGAUACUUUAUUCAUUUGCAGUCUGUCUUCACCAGAAUGGCUGUGGUUAAGGCUUUGGAUAUGAUCAGCGAAGAAGAUUUUCUUAAGUAAGUGAGCUCUGAACCUAUUUUAACCUUGGUGUAUGGGAAUUUAUCAGGAAAAUCAAAGAGCAAAGUGAAAUGUUACAGGUGAAAAUGUCAUAUAAACCUGGAAGUAAUAAGUAAAUGGGUUAAUACAUUCUGAGUCUAAAUGGGUGUGGCGUCUGCAUUUGGUUCCCCAUACCCCAAAAUUCACUGUGAUUUCAGAUCUGCAUGUAUGUCUCUCUUGGCCACUGUGUGUCUCAGUUGUGUGAUUUCUGACAGGUCUCUCUCUCUCUCUGACAGUAAUUGCAGUUGAAUGCAUUCUGGGGCAACUGAGAAUGAAACAAAUUCAGUAUUUCAAUCUCUGGCUUUAGAGAAAGGUAGUCUUGGAAAACAGCUAACACUUCAUUUCCAAUUCAACAUGGGAAUAGCUUGAACUCUGAUAAGGACAUCAAAUUACUGGAAGAAACAAGGCGUUAGAUCCUUCUGCUUUGUGAAGUUCUGCACAAGCCACUCUGAUACUGAUUCAGUCGAAUCUUAUGCAGGACAUACUGAAUUUCAGAAAACCAAGGGGUCUAAUGUCUUGUUCCUCUUCCUCCAAGUGGCUCCACCAUAUGGGAGUGAGGGCCUUUUCAGCUACAACACCUUGGUUGUCAACUCUCACCCCAGGGGCCCAUACCUGUGCUUAAGUCAUGGCAGUUAGGCACCAGGCAAAUAUCUCUCCUGUUUUCCUAGGCUUUUAACCUCUGAGGUAGCUUUAUGGCUUACUGUAAUAUACAUCUGAGGCCAUUUUCUCUCUCUUUCAACCUGCCAGGGUCUUGUCGUGUGCUUUUAAUGGCUCGCUCCUUUAUUUUCUCCUAUACAGAAACUUUCAAUGCCCUCUGACUUCACCCAAGGAGCCUUGCACAGCUGUCGACAUUCAGUGUACCAAUGGGGCCAUCUUCGUUGCCGGUAAAUACCGUAUUUUUCACUCUAUAGGAAGCACCUCUAUAGGACGCACCCGACCAUAGGAUGCACCUUGUUUUAGAGGGGGAGAACAAGAAAAAAAAAUUCUCCCCCUCUCUGCCCAGCGUCCCUUAAGUGAAGCGGCAGGAGGAGCUGCGCAGAGAGGGGGAGAUUUUUUUUUCUUGUUCUCCCCCUCUAAAACAAGGUGCAGUUCAAGGUGCGUCCAGUCGCCUUUAGGCGGCUACUUUGGAGAGUGAGAGGGGUCAGUGCACACCGACCCGUCUCGCUCUCCAGGCUUCAGUGAAGGGAACCUGAAGCCUCUGGAGCACAGUGGGAACUCCCGCUGCGCUCCAGAGGCUUCGGGUUCCUUUCGACCUGCUCUUUGGGGCCCCAAAGAGCAGGUCGGGGAGCAGUGGACAGGCGCGCAGCCUUUCCAUCCCGCUCACUGUCUUGGCUUCCUCUUUAGCCACGCGCAACCUCUCUGGCAGGGAGAGGCUGCGCGUGGCUAUGGCAAUACCCCCACCUCCCGCAAAUGCCCACAGGAGCCGCGCACCCUUUAAGGAGCACGCGGCUCCUGCGGGCUUUUCUACGAGGAGGGAGAAGGGACUGACUGGCCGCGCUAGUCCCUUCUUCCUCCUGGGGAAAAGCCCGCAAGAGCCGCCCGGAGCUUGUAUGUGGCUCUUGGGGGCUUUUCCUGCCUGCCUCCCCCCUGCAUUCACUCCAUAAGAUGCACACACAUUUCCCCUUACUUUUUAGGAUGGGAAAAGUGCGUCUUAUGGAGCGAAAAAUACAGUACAUAAAUAUAUAGUGGGUCUUCCCCCCACCCCUUGCAGUCAUCUCUUGAUAUACUUGUAAAAAACCUAGAAGCCUAUUUGGGCAUUAUGUGGGUGCAUAAAUUAAUAAAUAGUGCUGUGCUGUUUGUUUCCCCUGCUUCAAGUAAAAAUAAAUAAAUCUUUGCUACUUUUGCGAAACUUACAGGGUACUAAAUACCCUCUGUUUCCUUUACAGGGAGAUAUAACAAAUAUUCAAGAACGUUACCCCAGACUCCCUGGAUUAUAGAUGGAGAGAGGAAGAUGGAGUCUUCCGUCGAAGAACUGAUCUCAGAACAUCUCACGGCUGCCUUCAAAGCAGACAGUGAGUGCUUUCUGUAUGCACUGAGUGCGCGUCCCUAUACCUGCAUGUCUUCCAUGCAUAACUUAAUCAAGCCACCCAAAAUCUAUUGGAUGGAAAGUUACAUUCAGGGCGUGGCCUUUUUAGUGGUAGUGCCCACAUCCUGGAACACCCUUCUUAGAAUCACCUGUUUGUACUCCCACCUUAACCUACUUUUGCCAAGAGGUUGGGUGCCAUUUUUGUUCUGGAGAAGCCUUUCUUUUUGGGUAAAAACCUACCUGUAGAAAAAUCUAAUGGCUCGUUUUUGGACCACCCUUCCCCAUGCAACAGGGUGGCUCACUUGCCCAAGAGAACAUCUCCUUGCCGUUAGUCCUCUCGAUGAAACCUCAGUGGUGGAGGAAAAGCAUUUUUAAAAAUACAUUUUUAUUGGGUUUUUUUACAUAUCAUUUUCAACAAUCAUUUAACAUAACUUCUUAUCUUAUACAAUAUUUUAGACUUCCGUCAACAACCUCUGAUGAUUUUCUGUUCUUUAUCACUUAUUCUACAUUUCUUAUUUUCUCUCUUAUUCUUAAUUGUCAUUAACUAAUAAUUCUCUUCAUUUUCUUGUAAUAUUUCAAAUAGUUCUCCUUACAGAACUUCUUGCAGUCCUACUAGCGUAAUCUGUUCAUUACAAUUGCUUUUCAAAUAGUUCAUAUAUUUACUCCAGUCUUCUAAGAAUCUCUGGUCCUACAGGUUUCGAAUCCUUCCUGUUAAUUUAUCUAAUUCUGCAUAGUGCAUUAAUUUCAUCCGCCAUUCUUCUUUCAUCGGUAAUUCUUCUUGCUUCCAGAGGAAAAGCAUUUGCCCACACAGCAAGGGUGGGGAACCUGCUGCUCUCCGGGUGUUUCUGGGCUGCAGCUCCCCUCAUAACAACAUAAACAGAGCCUGGCUGCUGGUUCAGGGCAGAGGCCCACCUGGUCUAACAUCCCGCUCUCAACGAAGCCAGUGAGGGGUUUGUGGGAAGUCCACAAGCAGAAUCUGUUUCCUAGCAGCUGGUAUUCAGAGACGUAGUGCCUCUGGCACUGAAGGUAGAUCGCAACCACUGUGGCUAGGAGCCAUUCAUAACUUUAUCUUCCAAUCUUCCUUUGAAGCCAACCGGACUGGUGGCCAUCACUACCCAUUGUGGGAAUUCAUUCCAUAGUUUAACUUGUCAUGGAAUUCCACUCAAUAUUGAUCCAGAGCAGAUUCCAGCGUAUGGUCAGCAGAGUAAAGACUUAAACACGUUGCAGGAUUUCCAAAAAAUAGACCAGAGGCAAUUAUAUUUCAUCCAGCAGAGCUUUACUGCUACUGAAGGCAAAUGAGCAUACAGUGGUACCUCGGGUUAAGUUCUUAAUUCGUUCCGGAUGUCCGUUCUUAACCUGAAACUGUUCUUAACCUGAAGCACCACUUUAGCUAAUGGGGCCUCCUGUUGCUGCCGCGCCAUCGGAGCACAAUUUCUGUUCUCAUCCUGAAGCACUAUUUCUGGGUUAGCGGAAUCUGUAACCUGAAGCGUAUGUAACCUAAAGCGUAUGUAACCUGCGGUACCACUGUAAUGGUCACAAAUCUAAUAUAGUCAGGAAAUCCAGUGGCAGCAGACUUAACUUAAACUUACAAUAACUUACAAUAAGUCUAAACCUUAACACUAAGCAUACUGUGUACAGAACACCACAACGGAAGGAAAAGAGAUAGAAAGAGAAAGUGAAACCCGGGCUCCUUUUGGCCUCUUGACAGAAGAGAUAAGAGAACCAGUUCAAACCAGCUUUACUCAGCUUCUCUGAAGGAAUAACCCAAACAUCAUGAACCUUCUGCUUGCUUCUUUCACACAGAGAAGCUUCCAGAACCCUCUUGAAGUUGGUAGAAUAGGAAAGAUCUUUACACACCAGAUCAAUACUUUCUGUACUAAGAAAUGCAAACUGACAUUGUGAAGAACUCCUUCCUGUUCUCAGUACUGAAUCUUCCCAAUAUCCAGCCUUAUUGGGUGGCUCCAAGUUUUUAUUUUAUUAUGAGAGAGGGAGAGAAAUGUCACCCUGCACACUUUCUCCACACCAUCCAUUUUUUAUACAUGGCCCCCUCUUACUUGUCUUCACUCCAGACUGAAAGGCCCCCUAUGAAAUUCGUGGCCUUGCUGGCUGGGGGGUGCCCUGUGGGCUUCUUCAGCACGGACCCCAAAUGUGUCCAGUGUUUUUCAUAUCCGUACUGUUCCCUGUCCACACCAUAGAUGGGUUCCCCAUUAGUGUUGCUCUUACAGGGGCUUAAUAAUAAUAAUAAUAAUAAUAAUAUAAUAAAUAAUUUAUUAUUUGUACCCCGCCCAUCUGGCUGGGUUUCCCCAGCCACUCUGGGCUGCUUCCAACAAAGAUGAAAAACAACAAUAAAAUGUCACAUAUUAAAAACUUCCCUGAACUGGGCUGCCUCCAGAUGUUUUCUAAAUGUCAGGUAGUUGUUUAUCUCUUUGACAUCUGAUGGGAGGGCAUUCCACCGGGCGGGUGCCACCACCGAGAAGGCCCGCUGCCUGGUUCCCUGUAGCUUUGGUUCUUGCCAGAAGGCCCUCGGCACUGGACCUCAGCGUCCGGGCAGAAUGAUGGGGGUGGAGACGCUCCUUCAGGUAUACUGGGCCGAGGCUGUUUAGGGCUUUAAAGGUCAACACCAACACUUUGAAUUGUGCUCGGAAACUAUAGAAUGGAGCUAAGAGCACUUUUUUCCGUUUGACCCCAAGCCGUGGAGUCCAGCAACAGGGGCUCAGGGUUGUGUGGAAAGGAUACUGGCAUUGGUGAGUUAGCAAGUUCAGCUGACCUUUUCCUUCCUGUUUCGAAGGUUUUAAUUUUUCAUCCUCCGGAAGAGAAGAUGUGGAUGUGAGAACACUGGGCAACGGUAAGCUUGGCUCGCAGCCUAAGUCUGUAAUCCUAAACUCACUUACCCGGGAGUAAGCCCCAUUGGAUUCAGAAGGAUUGCGCUGUCAAUGGCACAAGCUGGUAUGUUUGGAGCCCCUUAAGCAGACAGUGCCCUCUGGUGGUGGGUCAGAAUAGUGCCUGCACCUUGCAUUCAAAUAUCUGUGUAGCAAUUAGAUUUCACGUUCUAAAAGUUUCAUACAGUUUUUGUGCUGGCAGCACAAAGUCACGGAUUUAGAAAUGCCUUAUUAUUUAUGGCUUUUGCACCCCAAAUGGGCUCCCAGAGCUGUUUACAAAGUAAAAGCAUUUCAAGGCCCUGCGAAUAGAGUGUUUUCCUUUACUACCCCCCCCCCUUUUACUCCACCAAAAAUAUCUGUGGAUAUCUUAUUAUGCAGUCACUUGCAACUCCCUGUCCUCAUUUCCCCCCACUGCACCUCAUGGUCGCUCCAACCUUGACAGGAAGGCCCUUCGCGAUUGAGCUCGUGAAUCCUCGGAAAGUCCGCUUGGCUGCAGAGGAAAUGAAGGAGCUUCAACAGGUAAAUGGCUUUCAAGGUGUUGGAAAUGGUACACUGGCAGGUGGUCUGCAAAGCCACUUUUAAGCUGCCACAAAACUCUUUCUGGUGUUUGUUGCAAGAAACGAGCACGGCUACCCGUCUGUGAUUGAAACCUUUUUUAGGGCAUCAAGACACAAGUCUUGACCCUUUCCUCCCAAGGUCCUGGCUGUUUCCUUUUGAGGCCCUAACCACCUUGGGGUCAGGAUACCUAAGGGGCUGUCCCUUCUUACGGAUCCUGCCAAUCCAUUAAGACCAGUGCCUUGCACAUCCCAACCCCUCUUAUAAAAGAAUAGUAAGAAAAGUGGAAAGUUAGCCUCCCUGAUACAGUGGUACCUCGGGUUAAGAACUUAAUUCGUUCCAAAGGUCCGUUCUUAACCUGAAACUGUUCUUAACCUGAGGUACCACUUUAGCUAAUGGGGCCUACCACUGCCGCCGCACCGCCGGAGCACGAUUUCUGUUCUCAUCCUGAAGCAAAGUUCUUAACCUGAGGUACUAUUUCUGGGUUAGCGGAGUCUAUCCUGAAGCGUCUGUAACCUGAAGCAUCUGUAACCUGAGGUACCACUGUAUUCAGGGUUCUCUGGAAUUUACCCAGUCACGCUCAGGGAAUCAUUACAAUUUUUAAUACCGUAUUGGCUUGAAUAGAAACCUCACUUAAAGUAUGGCUUAUAUUCGUGACCUUGGGGUAUGCAGCCAGAAGCGUGGGGCAAACAGCACCAGGAGCAUGGCAAAGCGGCAUCCGCCUCGUGCGUAGUCCCCCAUCCUCUCCCCCAAGGCCGGGAAGGGAGAGAGCGAGGAAGGGGGAAGGCCGCUGGCAAUGCAACAUGAUCUCUCCCCCCCCCCCCCCAAUAUGCAGCCAGGAGCCGUGAUGAAUGGAGCGGCUUACAUUCGGGUAUUUUUUAUUGUUUCCCCUCCAAUUUUAAAGGUGCGGCUUAUAUUCAGGCCAAUACGGUACAUUACUCUACAGGUUUUCCCAAAACUACCCCUAAUACAAAUUGUUUUUUUGUUUCGGUUUUUUUUUUUGCUAUUUUGGUGGGUAGAGGAUUAUUUGUUGAAGUUUUUUUCCUAGGCAGUUUUUUAAAAAUACAGUUCUGUAGUGAAACCUUCCUCCUUUAGGACAUCUUUGAUAACAUGGGUUCACCUUCCAACCAUUCCCAGGACAUGAUCUGGAGGCAUAGGAUGCGACCACUUUUUUGAAGCUAAAGAGUCCCUGGGUGGGAGACCUCCUGAGAAAGUUCUGAGUCCAAUAGCAAGUUAGAGGGAUAUACAAAUGCUACACAAAACCUGCCUAAUAAUGAAGGAUUACGUGAGCAUUUCAAUGGCAUAGUUUUAUGGGAGGCAAAGCUGGUAGGAUACAGAAUUUGCUAAAGGUCUGGAUGUCCAGUGAACGAAUGGCACAAUAUUUAUACAUACAUACAUACAUACCCCGCCCAUCUGGUUGGGUUUCCCCUGCCACUCUGGGUGGCUCCCAACAGAAUAUUAAAAGCACGAUAAAACAUCAAACAUUAAAAACUUCCCCAAACAGGGCUGCCUUCAGAUGUCUUCUAAAAGUCAGAUAGUUGUUUAUUUCCUUGACAUCUGAUGGAAGGGCGUUCCACAGGGCGGGCGCCACUACCGAGAAGGCCCUCUGCCUGGUUCCAUGCAACCUCACUUCUUGCAGGGAGGGAACCGCCAGAAGGCCCUUGGCUCUGGACCUCAGUGUCCAGGCUGAAUGAUGGGGGUGGAGACACUCCUUCAGACACUCCCACGGCUGCCGAUUAAUGAAAGGGUUAUCAAUGAGAAAGGUAGAGGUUAGCAGCGCUGGCUUCAGAUACGCACAGGUUAGAGAUGGCAAACAAUACACUGAGUUGUUGGCUGCCUUGUAUCAAGAUGCAGUCAAAAUAUUUUAAGGAGUAAGAGCUGUUCAGUGUUGUGAUUUGAUUCAUGCUUACCGUUCGCUAUAUUAUAACUUCAUUUAUUUUUGGUUAAAGAAGCCAGGUCUUCUGUCAGGGAGCUCAAGGCAGUUUGCACAGUUCCCACAAGUGUUAUCCUUGCAGUAACUCUGUGAUGGGUUGGAAGGUAGUGGAACGUGGGGGAUUUGAACCCAAGUCUCCCCACUCCUAGCCCAACACUCUGCGCCAGAGCUUUCCAAACUGUGUGUCACAAAAUGUUAGUGUGUCGGUGUGUCGUGCAAAUGCUCCCUGCAUUCCUCCCGGGACCAGAAAGGGGUUAGUUUAACCUCUGGUUAGCUAGUAAAACUGAAUUACUGUGUCAUGAAAUGAUGCACAUCUAACAAGUGUGUCACCAACAUGAGAAGUUUGGAAAGCUGUGCUCUACACACUGCGGCCACCAGCACUUUGUAUUUAGAUUGGAGCUUUUUUUAAAAAGCAGAACAAAAAUUGGGCACUUUCACUGGUUCUGGCUAUUUCUUCCUCCCAGAAAAAAGGCAGUUUCUUCUCAAACCAUUGUAUGAGGGAACUGCCAUUGCCUUUCUGUUUUUUAACUGCAAAACCCUGGAAUCUUUUUAAAUUUUUAAACAGUCAGAUGAGGCUGAGGUAAUCUUUGUUUGUUCGUUUAUAGAUAAUAAAUAACUCUUCAGACAAAGUCCAAGUUCGUGAUCUACAGCUCGUCACCAGGUCAGUGUUUUGGUACUUGAAUAAAGCUUAUUUUGGUGUGUGGAAAAGCAGGGAAUUUGAGGCCGUAACCUUGUGCCAUCUCUGUGAAGCUCUUUCAAAAUGGCAGUAGAAGAAGCAGCAGCAACAACAGGGGGAUUCUGCCGCCCUUGAAGCGCGCCCAAAGAAAGCUCUGAUUUGGGAGGGUUUUGGGACAGGCAAAACAAACUAAACUGUUUCCUUCAACAGUAUCCUUCUAGUCACCUGUCCAGAAAUGGUAUAAUGCAAUCGCAGUUCGAUUCUCUGCCCUCAACAGUUGCCCUUAGAGGGAGAUAAGAGGCAGAAGGCAGAGCUUCCGUUACAUUGCAGGAUUUCAUUUCACAUAUUUCGAAGCCGAGAUUGUAAAUGGAUUCCAGAGCUGGGCCUUUGUGAUCUGUAACAGAAAUUGAGCCCUUAGUAUAGCUCAGCUGUCCUAAUUAAAGCAAGGCACGUCCAGCAUACUGCUUUUUCAUAGCUGUGAACGUGUUGCAUAGUCACACACAUUAUGGAGAUCUUUUUUUUUAUUUUAAAAAAAGCAAGUUCCUAGUCCCUAGCGAAAUUUCAGAAGCCAGAAGAGGAGGGUGCUAAGCAGUCCUCCUGUUGGUGGAGGGUGGGGUGAGACUCAAAUUACGCACACAGAAAAACAAGUGUAGGGGAAUUUGCCUUGGUUUAGGGCUCUCACUCCAUUAAAGAAAACAUUCAUUAUUAUUAAUUAUAUGAUUUCAGUGGAUUCUGCAAUUCAUUAAUCAAAUGUGCAUAUGAGCAAAAAAGAUAAACAUAUGCCGUAGGAGGCAUUGUCUUACAGGCAUUCCCCUCUGAUCUGUCUUUUUAAACCCUGCGAUUUUUAUUAGCACUUGUAUUUUUAUUUUUAUUUUACUUUUUAAAAGGAAGUAUACUAACCAAUUAACCUGGCCACUUUUUUUUUUGAUAAAAAAAUGUGUGUGUGUUUAUAAAGUCAUUUUGUGAACCAAUUAAUUGUUUUAAACAGUGCAGCCCUACUUUACUUCCCUAAUUUAUUCUGGUUGCAGAACCAGGAAUCUCUGGGUGCAGAAUGUCUAGGUAGCCACAGCCCUGCCUACAGGCAUUACACUACAGUGGUACCUCGGGUUAAGAACUUAAUUCGUUCUGGAGGUCCGUUCUUAACCUGAAACUGUUCUUAACCUAAAGCACCACUUUAGCUAAUGGGGCCUCCCGCUGCCACCACAUGAUUUCUGUUCUCAUCCUGAAGCAAAGUUCUUAACCCAAGGUACUAUUUCUGGGUUAGCGUACGUAACCCGAGGUAUCACUGUACCCUGCAGGAUGGGGGAAAGAGAGAAGGUUCACACACACACACACACACACACACACACUCACCCAAGCCAUUCAUAAAGAUAUACCGGAACUGUUGAGGAGUCCUUUCACCUUUCAGAUUCCUGUGGCCGUUGCCCAUUUAUUUGCUUGUCUUUCAGAGAGGCCAUUGGGCACAUGAAAGAAGGCGAGGAAGCAAAGACCAAAACUUACAGUGCCUUAAUAUGGACAGAAAAAGCCAUCCGGAAUGAAGACAUUGAGCUUCUAGACAACAUGAAGGUUGCGUUUCUGGGGUGGUAUUUAUCACAUUUGUUUGUUGUUUUCAUUGUGCACGACCCGGGUGGGCAGCAGAAAGUAGAUCAGGCUCUACAGCAAAUCAGCCAGAGAUCUGUUGUUGUUGUUUAGUCGUUUAGUCGUGUCCGACUCUUCGUGACCCCAUGGACCAGAGCACGCCAGGCACUCCUGUCCUCCACUGCCUCCCGCAGUUUGGUCAAACUCAUGCUGGUAGCUUCGAGAACACUGUCCAACCAUCUCGUCCUCUGUUGUCCCCCUCUCCUUGUGCCCUCCAUCUUUCCCAACAUCAGGGUUUUCCAGGGAGUCUUCUCUUCUCAUGAGGAAAGUAUUGGAGCCUCAGCUUCAGGAUCUGUCCUUCCAGUGAGCGGUCAGGGCUGAUUUCCUUCAGAAUGGAUAGCUUUGAUCUUCUUGCAGUCCAUGGGACUCUCAAGAGUCUCCUCCAGCACCAUAAUUCAAAAGCAUCAAUUCUUUGGCAAUCAGCCUUGUUUAUGGUCCAGCUCUCACUUCCAUACAGCAGUCACGAAAUUAAAAGACGCCAGAGAUCCUCCUUCCCUCCUUCCUUCCUUCCUUUCUUUCUUUCUUUGUUAAUUACCAGUAGAUGAGCCUGGCAUGCUCUGGUCCAUGGGGUCACGAAGAGUCGGACACGACUAAACGACUAAACAACAACAACAGAUGAGCAAAGACUUUGACUGGCAGUUGUAUAACAGUAGCAGAAACAAACGCCCUUUUGCUGAGACACAGAGAACUUUGGAGUAACCAGGGAUGAGAUUUUUGCGUGCUCUGACUGUGUGUGCUGUUAACAGAUCUUACUAUAAUGCCCGUAAUAUCUGAGAUAUGCCAUUCUCCGCUAAUGUGCGAAAGAUGGGCAUUGUGUGGUGGGAAUGUCCAUCUGCAUGUUUCUCCAGAAUCUAAAAUCAUAACACGGGGAAACCAGAGUUGACUGUAUCGGCAAUAUACGGUAUACUAUCUCAAUUCUUCUCGUUGCUCUGCGGGCGUAUACAUUCCUGAUUCAGGAGAAUAAAUAAGUCUAAAUUUCAAACUAGGCACCCAGGGAGUGCAAAACCCAUAUCAAUUCACGUUGCACGUUGAACACGUCUUGAUUUGCCUUCUAAGUUUUCAAAACUUAUUCUGGCUUUGCUAAUUAUGCCGCAGGCCCAGCCAUGAGAAACCUCUUCUUCGGCCCCCGCAACCAGCCUUUUUGAGAUUUCACUAGAAAUUGUCCAGCCCAGUUUUAAGCAUAGCUUCACAACCAGUAAGGGCUACACAGUAAUCUCAUUUUUUCCUCUGUAUUUUUAUUCUUCAGAAGAAGGGAAACUGAAUUCUACUCCCACUCAGAUUUUCCACGGCCUCUUCAUGACCCUUAGGCUCACAUCUCUGUGCAGGCCGUCUUACUCACGCUGUAGUUGCACAACAGAGUACAAUCUCUGCGAGGGUUCUGCCUACAGAAGCACCUUCCUUCCUGCAAGGUGCCUGUUUUGCUCCCUGUGUGCUCUUGUUAAUGUGGCAAAAUUCCUCCCAUUUGACAGGAAGACACAGGCAGCCAGGCCAUUGCAGCCUGCACAUUGUGGCAAGGGAGACAACAGAGUAUAGUGGGCCAAAUGUUGGACUUGGAAUUUUUUGUUGUUGUUUAGUUGUGUCCGACUCUUUGUGACCCCAUGGACCAGAGCACACCAGGCACUCCUGUCUUCCACUGCCUCUCGCAGUUUGGUCAGACUCAUGUUUGUAGCUUCGAGAACACUGUCCAACCAUCUCGUCCUCUGUCGUUCCCUUCUCCUUGUGCCCUCCAUCUUUCCCAACAUCAGGGUCUUUUCCAGGGAGUCUUCUCUUCUCAUGAGGUGGCCAAAGUAUUGGAGCCUCAGCUUCAGGCCUUCCAGUCUGUCCUUCCAGUGAGCACUCAGGGCCGAUUUCCUUAAGAAUGGAGAGGUUUGGUGAUAAGGAUAAAAUAUAGCUUGAUGUAGAUAGGGUCAAAUAAAUUCAUCUCCUUUACAGUUGGUGGCUACCUUGGCUAUAUAAUUUGCUCUAAUUUUCCCAGCGGCAGUUGCAAAGAGUGCUACACGCCAGGUCACAUACUUAUCUAUGUCUGCAAGGAGAUAUAAAAUCAUGUCAUAGGGGUUCUGGCCAGGGGACCUUGUCAUUAUAGGUGCUAAAAAUCUUUCUCUUGCUUCAUAAUAUAAGGGGCAGUGCAAAAUAGAAUGCAUAAGGUCCUCUACUUCAGGACAUCCCCUAAUGCAAACACGUUCGUUUGUUGGUAUGCCUCUGUGUCUCCCAUCUCUAUAAGCAGAGUUUAUUGAAUUUAAUUGUAACUCUGUAAAUGCUUUCCAAAGUUGUGCAAAAGUCAGUUCAUUAAAAUAAGAUGUAUGUUCAUUGUUGGCUAGGGAUGGAUGUAUUUGUCAAUGGUAGUUUCUUCUUUUCCCACUUUUAAGUUCAUUUUGCAUCCCCCCCCCCCGCAUGAAUGAAAAUUCACCAGUGCUUUAGUGCAAAUUUCUCCUAAUAUACACAUAUUCCUAUGUAGUUUUGCCUGAUAUACACAUUUUUGUGAAGCGGUUCCCCGAAAAAGCAAUACUUUUUUGCAUGUUGCUUUCAUUUACAUACCUAGUUUAUGUGCACAAAGUAUGCAUUGCUUUGGCUAGAGAACUGCCCUGCAGAAUUCAGAGAAGUGUGAAUUUUGAAGAUUUGGCGGUGCUUCGGGUAACUUACUGUUUACAGAAGUGUGAUUUAGAUAGGUUAACCGUAAAGGCAAACUGAAUCGAAUUUAUCUGACAUCUCUAGUUUCGGCCAUGCUCGUGUUUGCAGAUUUGGACUUACUGUUGACACCCACGGUUGCUUCUGAGUGAGGUCUGUGGAUUCCUGAUCCACUUACGUUAGCAUACAGAGAUGUGCUUAAUUGCAAUAUCGCCUUCCAAACACUGAAGUUAUUGCUUCCAUCAGUUUGGUAUUUGGACUGGGAGGGCGAGGGCAAGAAGUCUGCCGUCAUAACUGGUAAGAGUUAUAUAGCACAGCUAUGUGCCCUAUAACUCAGCGGCAUGAGGGUUUUUGCAGCACAGAAACAAUUUUAUAUUUCCUCGUGUAUCUGCUGUACUUAAUGCUCUGCAUUUCUGCUGGUUGGUUUUUUUAUUUCUUGGACAGGAAUUAAAGCUCGAUCAAAAAACUCCACUGCGCGUCCUCCACCGGCGACCGCUAGCCGUCAGGGUUCGUGUCAUAUACACCAUGCAGUCGGAGUACAUAGAUGAGCAUCAUUUCCGUCUCCAUCUGAAGACGCAGGCCGGGACGUAUCCUUUUUGAGCCACAGUAAGGUAAAGGUAAAGGGACCCCUGACCAUUAGGUCCAGUCGUGACCGACUCUGGGGUUGCGGCACUCAUCUUGUUUUACUGGCCGAGGGAGCCGGCAUGCAGCUUCCAGGUUGUGUGGCCAGCAUGACUAAGCCGCUUCUGGCAGUGCACGGAAACGCCGUUUACCUUCCCGCUGGAGCGGUACCUAUUUAUCUACUUGCACUUUGACGUGCUUUUGAACUGCCAGGUUGGCAGGAACAGGGACCGAGCAACAGGAGCUCACCCCGUUGCGGGGAUUCGAACCGUCGACCUUCUGAUCGGCAAGUCCUAGGCUCAGUGGUUUAACCCACAGCACCACCCACAUCACAAUGCCCCCCCCAAAAACCCGCACCAUAUACACCACCCUGAACUCCUUGGAGGAAGGUCAGGAUAACAAGCUUUCUGAAUUUCCAUGAUGUGUGUAGGCUGCAUAAUCCAGUGUUUCUUGGGGCAAGAUUUUGCAGAGUGAUUAGUGAAACACACAGCGUACACACAACCCCAGUUUGGGGUACAGCCCACCCACUUGGUCUAAUGCUGCAGGAUCAAUGGUGAAUGUUAAUGAACAAGCCACACUCCCUUUCUGGGCUCCACACACUGUGCCCUUUCGGAAGCUGCCUUAUGCAAAAUCAUCCCAUGGGUCCAUCCAGCUCAAUAGUGCCAACACUGACUGGCAGCCACUCUCCAGCCCAAUAGUGCCAACACAGAGUGGCAGCCGCUCUCCAGCAGGAGCCUUUGCUAGCCCUGUGUGAUGAUGCUGGGGAAUGAACUUGCCGCCUUGUGCGUGCAAAGCAGAUGCUCUAUCACUGAGCGUCAGCCCUUCCUUUGCCCGCCCCCCACCGUUCAAGAUUUGUGGGGUCGUCUGACCCUUCUCAUUUUGUCCUUAAUGGCAAUCUAGUUACAUUAAAGAGUUUGUUCAUGGAGACUUUGGAAGAACCAAGCCGAACAUUGGUACGCUCUUGGGCACAACCGCUGACAUCUUGGAGCUGGAUGUAGAAGUGAGUGCUACUUCCUUGUUCCUCUUUGUAGUAACAAUCAUAGAAUUGUCAUGAUACUUCCAGGUAUAAAGUUAUGACGCAUCCAUGCCCUCAUAGACAGUCAGUGUGGUGUAGUGGUUAAGAGCAGUAGUCUCAUAAUCUGGGGAACCGGGUUCGCGUCUCUGCUCCUCCACAUGCAGCUGCUGGGUGACCUUGGGCUAGUCACACUCUCAGCCUCACUCACCUCACAGAGUGUUUGUUGUGGGGGAGGAAGGGAAAGGAGAAUGUUAGCCGCUUUGAGACUCCUUCGGGUAGUGAUAAAGCGGGAUAUCAAAUCCAAACUCUUCUUCUUCUCUUCUUCAUAUGCCAUUUCAGCCAUUUUCUGGCUAAAGGUAAAGGGACCCCUGACCAUUAGGUCCAGUCGUGACUGACUCUGGCGUUCAUCUCGCUUUAUUGGCUGAGGGAGGCGGCGUACAACUUCCGGGUCAUGUGGCCAGCAUGACUAAGCCGCUUCUGGCGAACCAGAGCAGCGCAUGGAAACGCCGUUUACCUUCCCGCCUGGAGCGGUACCUAUUUGUCUACUUGCACUUUGACGUGCUUUCGAACUGCUAGGUGGGCAGGAGCAGGGACCGAGCAACAGGAGCUCACCCCGUCACGGGGAUUCGAACCGCCGACCUUCUGAUUGGCAAGUCCUAGGUUCUUUCGUUUAACCCACAGCACCACCCGUUUUCUGGCUAGAGAUCCAUAUAUGCUAUAUUAACAAAUGGGAGUCUCGCAUUUGUGAUUUAAUGCUUGCAUUUUGUUUCCUUCUCUCUGCAGUCGGUGGAUGUUGACUGGCCUCCAACUCUGGAUGAUAAAUGAGAAGUUUUAACUUUCAAGAUGUGGAGAAUGAAGGGGCGACAGUCUUGUCAGUGACUGGUUACAGCACCGGGGUGUUUUGUAAACUGGUUGGCUUUCCAAAAAAAUUGUUACCCUUUUUUAGAUCAUGUUGAUCUAUUUUUUAAAAAAAACUAAAAAAAACUAUGUUAUAAUGAAGAACAUCUGGUACUUCAACCACUUUGUAAAUGCAUAUAUAUCCAACGCCCAGCCAGCGGAAUUGGUUGUGCUUCUAAGAUAACAUGGUCUCUCAAAACAUAUCUUUGAAAAUGGAGCAGAGUUCCCUGUUCCCACAGCCUGCGAACUCUGGUCUCACUGGGUUGCCAAAUGGCGUUCCUCUGGCUCUUUCUGCAGGCUUUGGUUCUCUAUUAAAUAGCUAAAAAUGAGUUGCCAUCUGUCCUCUGAUCAUCUGAGGCCUGUCACAAUAUAAUUGCAAAAAUGCAAACACAACAUGCUGGCUAAUAACUGUUAGUGAAUAUAUAAUUGGUUAUGAUGUCAUUCAAAAUAUACAAAUAAGCCAUUUCAAAAUGAUGUACAGUGGUACCUCGGGUUACAGACACUUCAGGUUACAUACGCUUCAGGUUACAGACUCCGCUAACCCAGAAAUAGUGCUUCAGGUUAAGAAGUUUGCUUCAGGAUGAGAACAGAAAUCAUGCUCCGGUGGCGCGGCGGCAGCAGGAGGCCCCAUUAGCUAAAGUGGUGCUUCAGGUUAAGAACAGUUUCAGGUUAAGUACAGACCUCCGGAACGAAUUAAGUACUUAACCCGAGGUACCACUGUAUAUAUUAUACAACACAUCUCACAAAAUAUACAAGUAACUACAAGUUGUUAAUUGUAUCAGAGUCAAACAAAGAAUCAAACAGAUCAAUGAACGGCAAGGAAUGCCAAUCUGUAUCUCAAAGGAAGACGUCCGAAGUCUCAAAAGGACAGUAUAGCCGGAAUCGUUCAACUGUUUCGGAAUAAAGUCUUCAUCAGCGAAUAAUUAUCAAUGAAAUAUUCAUACUAGUAGGGAUUAUGCUAUUGGAUCAGUGCUCACUGGAUAGAGUAGCUGCUUAACAACUUGUAGUUACUUGUAUAUUUUGUGAGAUCAUAACCGAUUAUAUUGAUUCUUUCUUUGACUCUGCUGCAAUUAACAACUUGUAGUUACUUGUGUAUUUUGUGAGAUGUGUUGUAUGAUACAUACAUCAUUUUGAAAUGGCUUAUUUGUCUAUUUUGAAUGAUAUCAUAACCAGUUAUAUAUUCACUAACAGAUAUUAGCCAGUAUGUUGCGUUUGCAUUUUUGUAGAUAGUUACAUUUUGCAACACAGGGGUUUGUGUUUGUUCACAAUACAAUUCCAGUCAGAGUGCAAUGAUUGCCAGGAUUCUGAUACUUCUGGGUGAGCUGAUGCCAUUCAGCGCAGAUUGCACAAGGGGAUAAUCCUAUGCAUGUUUACUUGGAAGUAAGUCCCACUGAGUUCAGAUAUUUUAGUACGCAUGGGAUUGCAGCAUCAGUCUUGGAUCUGUACCAAUGUAAAGGCAGCCCUGAAUAACUGCAUCUCCUAUUAAUAGUAGAGGAAGAUUUGCUUACUCUUUUGCAAGGACAUGCCGUAAUUCUAAAUCAGUCCAGAGCCACCCCUUUCUCUUCAGAAAGUGGUAUUUGGCCAGAAUUGUGUAAUGGGGAAGAAAGGAUAGUGUGACAUAAUAAUGAAUGAUGUUUUAAUGUGAGAGGCAACUGUACCCCCAAAAAAGUUCCGAGUUUUAUUUUUACUAAGAAAAUAAACUUUUAUAAAAAAA